AUGGAUGACGACGAUCAUAUGAGCUUCGGUGACGAGGAAGAUUAUGGUUACUCCUCCGACGAUCUUCAGGACCCUGAAGUGGAAGAGUCCGAUUUGAAACAAUCGUCGUCCAGAAAACCAACGAGCCAUGUCAUCACGAAGGAAUCGCUUGUAGCGGCACAGAAGGAAAACUUGGAUAGGGCUAUGGAGUUGUUACUGGUCAAGGAGAGCCAAGCGAGGACUCUUCUUAUUUAUUACCGGUGGAACUUUGAUAAGUUGUUCGAUGUUUUUGUCGACAGCGGCAAAGAGAGUAUGCUUAACUUGGCUGGUAUUACCGUUUUUGACCCUUCCUUGAUGAAUUCUGGACACGCUUCGAAGAAGACGACGAGGAUGAGUUGUGACAUAUGCAUAGAAGACGGCAUACCAAGUCAUGCGAUGACGAGGAUGGAGUGUGGUCAUUCUUUCUGCAACGAUUGUUGGAAGGAGCAUUUUACUGUGAGGAUCAAUGACGGUGAGAGCAAAAGGAUCAAGUGUAUGGCUCAUAAAUGCAACGCGAUUUGCGACGAGGGCGUUGUUAGGAAGCUAGUGAGUCCGGAGUUGGCUGAGAAGUUCGACCGUUUCCUCUUUGAGUCGUACGUUGAAGACAGCGAUAGGAUCAAGUGGUGUCCGAGCGUGCCGCAUUGCGGUAACGCCAUAAGAAAAGAGGACGGCGAGGGAGAGGUGGAGUGUUCGUGUGGUCUCCAGUUCUGUUUCGGGUGUCUCGGCGAGGCUCACUCUCCUUGCUCUUGUCUCAUGUGGAAGCUAUGGAGCAAGAAGUGUGCAGAUGAGUCGGAGACGGUUAACUGGAUAACCGUCAACACAAAGCUGUGUCCCAAAUGCAUCAAACCUGUUCACAGGAUAUCUGGAUGCAAUCUCAUGACAUGUAUCUGUGGGCAGCAUUUUUGCUGGUUGUGUGGUGGAGCAACAGGAGUGGACCAUACUUGGACGAGUAUCAGGGGUCAUAGUUGUGGUAGGUACAACGAUGAGCAAGCGAGGCAGUUGUUGGAGAGAGCGAAGAGAGAUUUAAACAGGUACACUCAUUAUUACCACCAAUACAAAGCACAUACUGAUUCAGUAAAGAAAGAUGAUGAGCUUAGGAAGAGUAUCCUUAAGAAGGCAGUGUCGAAUUCAAAGACGAAGAAGAAUCAUGCUGUGUUUAACGAUUACAAUUGGGUUAUCAAAGGAAUGGACCUGUUGUUCAGAUCAAGAAGGAUACUUUCGUAUUCGUAUCCUUUUGUGUUCUACAUGUUUGGGGAAGAGCUGUUCAAAGAUGAGAUGAGCGAGAAGGAUAGAGAGCUAAAGAAGGUCCUGUUUGAAGAUCAGCAGGAGCAAUUUAAAAGUGACAUUGAGAAACUUUCCGAGGCUUUAGGAAAGCCUUUUGAUGAGUUUGAUGACGCUCAGGUUUCGAAGAUGAAGAAAGAAAUCAAUGAUUUGGGUAAUGCGGUUGAUGCCAAAUGCAAGAGAAUGUAUGAGUGCAUUGACAAAGACUUGUUGGGUCCAAGUAGUUUUGGGUUCCAACACAAGAUUGCACCUUACAGAUCAGAGGGUAUUGAGAAAGCAAUUGUGUUUUCGGAUUCCGGCUUAAGCGGAGGAGAAGACUUCUAG